AUUUGAGCUUGUCGAGCUCGAUCUCUACACGUAUCGUUGUUGUUGUUUGUAGUGGCUAACUUCACGACGUUCCAAGAAUUUGAACUGGGCCUCAAUGUCGACUUCCCUCGUUGUUUUAUGCACAAACCAUAGUUACAGUAAAGAAUGCACGAGAAAACGGCUAGGAUAAUAUUGCUGUUGGUUUCUCUAAAUGUCCUGGAUUAUACGCUUGGUGCCGAUGUACAGGGCCCUUUAAAGAAUGCCCCGAGACGCACAGAGGGAUACUUCAUGCCAUUAUGGCAGAACAGAUUAUACGUGUACUCCGCUGCAGCAAUACUCGUUGGGAUCUGGUUUACCCUGAAGAUGACUUUGAAAAAGCCCUGGAAGCAAAAGGUUGACGUUCCUGUGAAGCCUGCACUGCGCUCUAAUGCGAUCGGACAGAACGGACAUUUGGCUGAGGAGGAGAAACCUGACAUAUCGGGGGUGAAGAUUUUCUACGGCUCUCAGACUGGAACAGCAAAGGGUUUUGCCGAAGACCUGGCUGAAGAAGUUGAGCUCAAGGACCUGAGAGCUGAAGUAAUCGACUUGAACGAUUAUGAUCCUGAUGAAAACAUUUCAAAUGAGGGUGCAAACAAAGUCGUUUGUGUAUUCCUGCUGGCCACUUACACCGAUGGGCAGCCCACCAAGAGUGCAGAGUGGUUUUGUAAGUGGCUGGAAGAGGCCUCCACUGACUUCCGAUAUGGCCAAACGUACCUUAAAGGCCUGAGAUACGCAGUGUUUGGCCUGGGAAACUCUGUGUACACGGACCACUACAAUACGGUGGGCCGAAAUGUGGAUAAAUGGCUGUGGAUGCUGAGCGCCGCGCGUGUCCUCACGCGGGGGGAGGGCGACUGCAACGUGGUGAAGAGCCGCAACGGGAGCGUACAGGCGGACUUCCAGGCCUGGAAGGGCCGCUUCCUCAGCUGCCUCGCGGCCUUGGCCAAAGGAGAGAAGUCGUCCUGCAGCGCCACGUGUUCAAACUGCAGCUGCAAGAACCACGAGAGCCAACAGCAACAACAACAACAACAACAACAGCAACAACAGCAGGAGCAGACAGAGCUCUCAGAGGUGGAGGAGCUGUUUGAGUCCAGCAGUGAUGCGGAAUCGGAGGCCGAAGAGACCAGCCAUGACGUCAUUGAUAUGGAGGAUCUGGGAAAUAUAAUGAAUCGCCUCAAAAAAGCCAAGCAGAAGGAUCGCCAAAUGGUGAGGUUGUCCAAGAAGGAGGAGCCCAGGGAAAUGAUCACCCCUGCCCUGAGGACAGCACUGACUAAACAGGGUUACAAGCUGAUUGGAAGCCACUCGGGCGUCAAGCUCUGUCGCUGGACCAAGUCCAUGCUGAGGGGAAGAGGAGGGUGCUACAAACACACCUUCUAUGGGAUUGAGUCUCACCGCUGCAUGGAGACCACGCCCAGCCUGGCCUGCGCCAACAAGUGUGUGUUCUGCUGGAGACAUCACACUAAUCCUGUGGGUACAGAGUGGCGCUGGAAGAUGGAUCCCCCAGAGCAGAUCCUCCAAGAGGCCCUGGAGAACCAUCAGAACAUGAUCCGGCAGUUCAGAGGUGUGCCGGGGGUGCGUCUGGAGCGUUUUGAGGAGGGGAUGGCGGUGAAGCACUGCGCGCUGUCGCUGGUGGGGGAGCCCAUCAUGUACCCCGAGAUCAACACUUUCCUGAAGCUGCUGCACCGCCACCAAAUCUCCAGCUUCCUGGUGACCAAUGCGCAGUUUCCUGAGGAGAUCAGGCGUCUGGAGCCAGUGACGCAGCUGUACGUCAGUGUGGACGCCAGCACCAGCGAGAGCCUGCGCAAGAUCGACCGCCCGCUCUUCAAAGACUUCUGGCACCGCUUCCUGGAGUGUCUCAGGGCUUUGGGGAAAAAGGAACAGCGCACAGUGUACCGGCUGACUCUGGUGAAGGCCUGGAAUGUGGACGAGCUGAGAGCGUACGCCGAGCUGGUUACUCUGGGCAAACCUGAUUUCAUUGAGGUGAAGGGGGUGACGUACUGUGGAGAAAGUGCUGCCAGCACGUUGACCAUGGCCAACGUGCCGUGGCACGAGGAGGUGGUGCGCUUCGUUCAGGAGCUGGCUGACCUGCUCCCGGACUACGACAUCGCCUCUGAGCACAAGCAUUCGAACUGCCUCCUCCUCGCUCAUCACAAGUUCAAAGUGGAAGGGGAGUGGUGGACAUGGAUUGACUAUGAAAGAUUCCAUGAGCUGAUCCAGGGCUUUACUGACAGUGGGGGCACCAGGACCUUCUCCUCCAGGGACUACAUGGCCAAGACUCCUGACUGGGCCGUUUUUGGGGCCAGGGAGAGAGGGUUUGACCCCGCAGAUAUCCGCUUCCAAAGGAAAAACAAGACCAAAGAUAUAUCGGGGUGUUGAAGACCAUUGAACAAAGACUUGACUUUUAUAUUCAUAUUGGAACCCAUUUGAUCAUGAGGAGUACAAAAUGAAAGGUCUUCUGUCCAUAUUGUGCGUUCAGAUUCAGAGUUUGGAGAUUAACAAAAGAACUCGUCAAGAUCUUAUCCGCUUUUUCUAUCCUUCCAACAGACUUGGCUAACAGGAAUAAUUUGUAUCUUCACUCCUAGGUGGGAAUACAGAUGGUCUCUUGCCUCCCUCCAGAGAGAAGGCCACUGCCGUUCAGUUUAUGCAUUAAGUAUUUGCCAGUAGUUUGUUCCCGAAACAACAAGGAUAAAUGCUGAGAUUGUGUUUGGAAACAUUUUACAUUUGCAUCUGACAGUCAUGCAAAGACUGCAAACUAUUGCAAUAUACCAGCAUGUAUGAUUCAGCAUAUUCAGAUGUCUACAUUUGUUACAUGACACAGCACACCUAGAUACUGUUAAUGUGCAGUAACGUUAGAAUUUCAAUGAUGACUAGGAUAUUUGUAUUGAUCCAUUUGAACGAUUACAUUUUAAGGAUCCCUCCUCUCUUGAAACUCUUCUCUCAGUUCACACAGAGUGCCAAACAGGCAAACAUGCAGAAAUUCUAAAAUGAAUGUUUUGAAUUCUAUUGCUCAUUUUUCCCUGUGUAAAUCCCAGGUUUAUGCAAGCAUUACUUAUCCGUAUCUGUCCUUUGAAUGUUGCUACUGACUUGACAGACGGACAUGAAAAUGUGCACUUUUAUUUGUAUGUUUGCGGUGUCAGUUUAAGUAAUAAAGAUUAUGACUAAGCGUA